AGAACGAAAGAACUACAAUUAAGAGGUUACAUCGCCGCGGAAGUGCCUUAAUUCGUUUGCACGGCAAUUGGUUUCGUCGAAGAAUACCGUACCAUCCAGAAGCAAUACAGUUAGCACGACAAAGAUAUCGAUAUAUUGCAGCGAAUUUCCCCUUCGUGGCCUCAAGAGGCAUCAAGUUUUCCGGUCGGAGACUUUGUUGCAGUGCGGCCCAAUUCAGUGGGUCAGCACGCGCACGCGCACAUCCGCAUCACGCACCAUGCCAUCUCCUUCUGAAAUCGUUCUCGAAUAUGUCUGCCCCGCAAUGGGGGUCGUACUAGCGAACCUCAUGUUCCUGGCUCCGUUGCGUGACCUUCAAAAGGCCGUUUCGUUGGGUCUUGGACUGGGCGAUCUCAACCCAACCCCCUGGGCGUUCAUGGUUGGAAAUUGUCUGGGAUGGACCGCGUACGGCAUCAUUAUCAACAAUUGGUUGUAAGUUUCGCUCCUAUGCAGUCGCAAAUCACCAGGCAUCUGGGGUGCGUUGGAAUACUGUGUUUCUUCCUCCUGAUUCAUAUUUCACCCAAAAUUUCCCCUCUAUCUUGUCUCGUGUUCCGAAUUCCAUUCCACCCUGUACGAUCUUGUCUGUGUCCAACACCAAACGACGAAAACGAACGGUAGCGUCUUCUGGGCCAACUAUCCUGGGUUUUUGAUUGCCUGCUGGCUGAAUCUGGGGGCCGUCAAAUUGCUGUAUUCAUCGCAUCACCAGGAGGAAACCAGGCGGUCCAUGGUCCAAUACCUAUCCGACAGAAAGUUCUUGGUGAAUGGGCAGCUGGAGAGUACGGAAGAGGAUGGCGAAGUGGAACAGCAACCACAAUCAUUGGUCCAUAUCGACGACGACGAAAACAACAAAGAUAAGUACACCAACUGGGAUACAAGCAACCAGAGUAAUGGUUGCGACCAGGAACACGACGAGGAUCCGGAAACGAAUGCAGCAGCAACAACCUCGACGGCAGAGGAUUGGGCGAAGAUUAUUUGGGACGUUACUUCCCAAACCACGCCCGCGAAGACUCCUCACGAGCGAUUGAUAAUGGGCAUAUUGAUUCUGUGGACAGUAGUAGUGACCGUAGUCGGGUUUCAUGCUCACUAUCACACGCCAAGCGAUACCGAUACAGACAGCGGUGCCGAUUCCUUUGCACAAACUGUCGUGGGCUACGUCGUAAAUUUCAACCUUGUCUUUUUUUACGGCGCUCCGCUUUCGUCUAUCCUUGCGGUCCUGCGAACAAAGCAAUCGGACUCCUUGCACGGGCCAACCAUGGUCAUGAAUACGAGCAACGCUGCCUUUUGGACGGCCUACGCCUUGGCCCCCCAGAUCAACGAUCCGUUCAUUUACGUUCCCAACGGGCUGGGAGUUGUCCUUGGGGUCACCCAGCUGGUACUCUGGGUCGUAUUUCCCAAGACACCGAAAGCAACAGCAAAAGAUGACGCGCGAAACAACAAUAUGCAGUUGGCGGCAUCUGAUGAAUCAGCGUCGGCAUAAUGAGGCCAAUGCAAAACGAUAAAAGUACAUAGAUUUAUGGACACCAACAUAUUAUAGACAAUCAUCGAUAGAACUACACUGAAUCAAUUUGCACGAAUGUUAAAAUGUUGAAAGCAAAUGACUUCAUUUUCCUGCAACCUGGCGUGUAUGAGAUAGGAUUCUCGUGCAUCGACUCGUACGGUGCUUUGUACACAUUCGAGGAGAUAGAAGAGAUGACCUAUAUAUCGGAAUCCCAUACUAUGUCAAACACACUUCAAGAAGAUAGUAGACGGCAUCAACAAAGAGAAUAUAAUACAUUAAAGAAA